AUGGAAAUACUAAUACUUGGACAAGAAGACAGAGUCACCCCAUUACACCUUGCUGCAGAAAAUGGCCAUGAAGAGGUGGUGGAAGCAUUGCUUGGAAAAGGUGCUGCUGUUGAUGCAAGGAAUGAUAAAAACUGGACCCCAUUACACAUUGCUGCACAAAAUGGUCAUAAAGAGGUGGUGGAAGCAUUGCUUGGAAAAGGUGCUGCUGUUGAUGCAAGGAAUGAUAAAAACUGGACCCCAUUACACCUUGCUGCACAAAAUGGUCACAAAGAGGUGGUGGAAGCAUUGCUUGGAAAAGGUGCUGCUGUUGAUACAAGGGAAGAAGACAAUUGGACCCCAUUGCACAUUGCUGCACAAAAUGGUCAUAAAGAGGUGGUGGAAGCAUUGCUUGGAAAAGGUGCUGCUGUUGAUGCAAGGGAAGAAAGAAACUCAACCCCAUUACACAUUGCUGCACAAAAUGGCCAUAAAGAGGUGGUGGAAGCAUUGAUUGGAAAAGGUGCUGCUGUUGAUGCAAGGAAUGAUAAAAACUGGACCCCAUUACUCCUUGCUGCACAAAAUGGUCACAAAGAGGUGGUGAAAGCAUUCCUUGGAUCUAGUGCUGCUGUUGAUGCAAGGGAAGAAAGAAACUCAACCCCAUUACACAUUGCUGCACAAAAUGGCCAUAAAGAGGUGGUGGAAGCAUUGCUUGGAAAAGGUGCUGCUGUUGAUGCAAGGAAUGAUAAAAACUGGACCCCAUUACACCAUGCUGCACAAAAUGGUCACAAAGAGGUGGUGAAAGCAUUGCUUGGAAAAGGUGCUGCUGUUGAUGCAAGGAUUGAUAAAAACUGGACCCCAUUACUCCUUGCUGCACAAAAUGGUCACAAACAGGUGGUGGAAGCAUUGCUUGGAAAAGGUGCUGCUGUUGAUACAAAGGAAGAAGACAAUUGGACCCCAUUGCACAUUGCUGCACAAAAUGGUCAUGAACAGGUGGUGGAAGCAUUGCUUGGAAAAGGUGCUGCUGUUGAUGCAAGGGGAGAUAAGAACUGGACCCCAUUACUCCUUGCUGCACAAAAUGGUCACAAACAGGUGGUGGAAGCAUUGCUUGGAAAAGGUGCUGCUGUUGAUGCAAGAAUUGAUGAAAACUGGACCUCAUUACACAUUGCUGCACAAAAUGGCCAUAAAGAGGUGUUGGAAGCAUUGCUUGGAAAAGGUGCUGCUGUUGAUGCAAGGAAUGAUAAAAACUGGACCCCAUUACACCUUCCUGCACAAAAUGGUCACACAGAGGUGGUGGAAGCAUUCCUUGGAAAACGUGCAGACGUGAAUGCAAGAAAUCAGGAAGGUUUAACUCCAUUACACAUGGCUGCAUAUACUGGUCAGAAAGAGGUAGUGGAAGCAUUGCUUCAAAAAGGUGCAGAUGUCAAAGCAAUAAAUCAAAAUGGGUCAACUCCAUUAGAGUUGGCUUUACAAAAUGGUCAUGUAGAGGUGGUGCAAAUAUUGCUUCAAGAAUAUGCUCUGGUUCACUGA